AUGCUGUCCAAGUGCCGCGUAUUCAUCGAGCUGUGGGAGGCUACGCAAGUGGAGCUCCAUGGUCAGUACUCCGCGCAGCGUGUGCUUGCUUUAGCGGAAUACGAGCAAGGAACUCAUCUGGCACGCUCCGUCUUGGUGAUGCUGGUCACUCCUUUGCCAUGUUUGGUCAUCACAAUACUUAUCGACAUCCUCCCGCUUUCGGAUCCGUCGGAGGGGAUCGAGAACAACAACGCUUUCAUGGUGCGCCAAUACUACAACUACCUCCUGGUGACCUUCAUAGCCAUCCAGCAGAUCCGAAUCGGCGUGCCGUCACUACCAUACAACAAUGGGCAUGUUUUGAGGGACACGAUCGUGGUAGCGACACUGACCUUGGGGAUAUAUUACGCAGUCACGCUGUCUGUUGGCUUCCCGCUGCCCUUCACAAUUUUGGUGAUGAUGUCCCCGUGGUCUGUGUUGAUUUCGCUCUGCUUGGCCAUUCAGAGGGCGAGAGUUAUUCGAGAUACCCCCGGGGCAAGGGCAAUGCUGUCUAGCAUGUUCAAGUUGUGGAUGUACGAGAUUCUAAUGGUCUUCAUCUACCCUCCGUAUUUUUACGUCUUCACGACCCUCUCCGAUAAGGCCCAAGCCGUUGCCCAUCUAGGCGACGAAAUCCCCGAGCUCGUGAUUUUCAACGCAGACGUCUUCAGCUCUCUAUUCGUGUCGUACUGCAUGCAGAGCUCCCCGUCGUUUCGUACGACCAUGGCGCUAAUGCUCGCUGACAUUUUGCAAAUUGGCCUAUCGCUGCGAGAUAUCCUGAUUGCGCGUACUGGCUUGGCGGAAUUAGAACACCUUGUGGACAAGAAGCAAAUAAAUAUGUGCCGAAGCUCUGAUGUUAACGAGAGCACAGUGGUGUCCGCAUCGACAGCGCUAACACGAGUUAGCGCAUGGAUGAAGAAAGAGCAGCUGCAGUCAGAGAUUGCACUGGAUGCUCACUUCUCUCCAGUUUUCCCCGAUCAUGACUUCUUUUUGGCGUCAGAUGAUGUCUCCGCGCUCUACUUGUUUGCUACGUACCACCUGCCCAAUCGGGAAUAUUAUGCGGUGUUUGACGGGAUGGACGAGACUUUGCUGCUCCAAACACUGAAGAAUGUGAUACUAUACUGUCUACUUCAGCUUGUGUCGCUGAUGGUGCUAAUGCUGCUGCUGAGACGCAUCCUGGGCCAUUCACCGGCUCGACAGAUAUCGUUUGUUCUCGAAAAGCAGCUGGACCAAGAAUCGACCCGGGACCGCUCUACAAGUGGGAGAAGACUCAAGCCACGGAUGCCGAGUUUCCGCGUCGACGCCGACGGGGACGUCGAGAUGACGAUCCUGCCGUCCGUGUACGAGCUGAUCAGCGCGCCUGAGCUCGCGUCAAGGGACCAAGAAUCGCUCGUCAAGUGGCUGCGUGAGCGCCGCCGCUAUCGUGAGGCGAUUGAAGAGCGCUGCCGCAUCAGCCAAGAGCCAGUGGCCUCGGUGCUGCGGAGUGUGCGCGCUUCUGUGAAGCCGAAGCUGCUCGACUACCUGGCCCGCUACGUGUUCCGACAAGACCGCGACACGAUUGUCGCCGAGGUGAUGAACGGGCACAUCCCGGACAUCUUCGACUUCUUCAAGACCCACCUGAGAAUGGACUUGAAGGAGCAGGACGUGGAGGCAAGGGUCGUCAAAUACUUCGUCGACUUUGACCAGCUCCUCGAGGAGCACGGGUUUGCGUCCAUGCUCGCGGCCG